AUGUCUGGAACAGCCUACCGCCAGACACAAAGAGUGUAUGGCUCUUUCUCAUGUGCAGCUGCUGACAGUGGCAAUGGCGUCCCUGUUGUGCGCACGGCGAGCGGCGAUGUGCGGGGAACAGUGCAGCACACCAACGACCUGCCCGACAAACCGGUCUACAGCUUCCUGGGCAUCCCGUACGCAGCGCCGCCUGUCGGAGACCUGCGGUUCCGCACCCCACAGCCUGUAGCUCCGUGGAAGGGAGUGAGAAACGCCACCAGACUUGGUCCCUACUGUCCACAAGGGCCGAGCAUGCUGUACAUUCUUCCCUUCCAGCUCCAACACCACGACUUCGAUGAAGAUUGCCUCACGCUGAACGUUGAGACACCAACUGUUGCAAAUGACACGAGACUGCCAGUUCUCCUGUGGAUCCACGGUGGGUCGUUCCAAAUCGGCACGGGACGCCCUCAACCUUUCGCCGCCAUGGCCGCUCAUCAGGACGUGGUUGUCGUCACCAUCAACUAUCGCCUGGGGGCGCUGGGUUUCCUCAGCACUGGGGACGAGAACGCGCCUGGGAACUUCGGCUUCCUGGACCAGAUCCAGGCGAUGACGUGGGUGAAAGAAAACAUCCGGAACUUCGGAGGAGAUCCUGACCGAGUCACGCUCUUCGGCGAAUCUGCUGGUGCCAUGAGCGUCUGCUACCACGUGGUCUCUCCUCUCUGCAAGGGGCUCUUCCGGCGGGCCAUCUCGCAGAGCGGCACCUGCAACUCGUUCGGAACCAUUAUCAAGCCGUUGGGAGUUGCCACGACGUUGGCUGAAGCGGUCGGCUGUGAUGGUAAGGACACGGGGAGCAUGGUGUCCUGUCUCCGGCAGAAACCAGCAGACGAGCUCGUCGGUGCUCAGCAGGACGUCAUCAAGUCGUCGAUGUGGGACAGUUUCGGGCCGGUAGUCGACGGGAGCUUCCUCCCGGCGCACCCCGAUGAUCUGUACGACCGGGGCCGGGCACACCCCGUGGACUAUCUUCUUGGAGUGACCAACGACGAGUUCGGAUCUCUGCUGGCGUCUCUGGUCGAGCCGAAGUUUGGACAGGGCAUGACAGAGGACACUUUCAACCGCCACCUCAAGGCGCUCAUAGGAGGACUUUAUCCGGUAAUAGAACCCAAUUAGCUUUUC